AUGGCGUGGAUUAAGUCCUCAACUAACCCGAUUAUCGGGAACAACCAAACGGGUGUUGGUUUUUGGAAGGCGAUAACGGGGAAAUUUAACCCGAUUAUGGAGCAAGGCCCGAUGCGCGAUGUCGAUUCCGUCUCUGGCAAGUGGUGUAAAACGAGCAAGAUCAUCAACUGCUUUAGCUGUAUUUAUAACCUUUAUUACACUAAUCCUCCUAGUGGAAGUAACGAGUAUGACAUUCUCAACCUUGCUUUGGCUAAAUGGGAUGAGAAGAAUAAAACUCUUUUCCAACACAUCCGAGCAUGGAAAGUUUUAAAGAAAGAAAACAAAUGGAAGCCCAUUCCAAACGAGGUCGCGACCACCAAACGGAGUAAAACUUCCGAGUCCGGAAGUUAUAGUGUGGGAGGCUCCACCGCUCGUUGUCACAUAGACAUAAACGACGAACCGAAAUUUGACAAGGAGGAGUUUGCCGUUCACGAGUCGGAACGUCCCCCUGGAAGGGACAAAGCAAAAAAAGAGGCAACCGGAAAGAGAAAAGCGGGCGGCUCGAACUAA